ACUUUAAAAAUUGCCUAUGUUUAUAUUGAAGCGGUUUUUGUAGGUUGCAUCUGUACAUUUUUUCAAUGAUUUUUUAAUCACAUAUUUCAAAUGGUGAUUGUUUCAUAUCAUUGCCCUUUAAUCGGCAUAUGUUUCGAUUCCUACUAGUAUUAAGUAUUUAUAGGUAUGGAUAUUAAAUGAGCAUAAUUUUUGAUUCAGAAGGUAUUUAUUAAGUUUGAUAAAGAUGACUACGUUCCAUGUGACUCAAGAAGGUCCCGUAAAUGCCCUAGCUCUUAACAAGGACUUUUCUCAAGUCGCGAUAUGUGGAAGAAAUGUGUUUAAGGUAUAUACCAUAGAAGAGGAUAAAUUUAGAGAAGUUUGUAAUGUAAGAGCCUCCAAACAUCUUAACGUAGGCUUUUCUUGCAAUGAUGUAUCUUGGAGUCCCACAGAUGAUCAUUAUUUGGCAACAGCCGCUACAAAUGGUCAUGUUUCUGUAUGGAAUCUUACCAAAAUGGGUAAAGCAAUGCAAGAGCAAGAUUAUCAAGAUCAUAAAAGGACUGUCAAUAAAGUGAAUUUUCAUGCUUCUGAACCAAAUAAACUGAUAUCUGGAUCACAAGAUGGUACUAUGAGAUACUUUGAUAUACGAGUGAAGAGUGCAGUAGCAGUUUUUUACAGUAAUACUGAGAGUGUCAGAGAUGUUCAGUUCAGUCCACAUAGUCCAUAUGCAUUUUCUGCAGUUUCUGAUAAUGGUAGUGUACAGUUAUGGGAUAUCAGGAAACCAGAGAAAUAUCAACAACAAUACACAGCUCAUAGUGGACCAGUAUUUGCUUGCGAUUGGCAUCCUGAAGUUACUUGGUUAGCUACAGCUAGUAGAGAUAGGACAAUAAAGGUGUGGGACUUGACAAAUAAACCUACUUUAGAAUAUACUAUACAUACAAUAGCUUCUAUUGGUCAUGUAAAAUGGAGACCACAAAGAAAAUACCACAUCGCAAGUUGUGCUUUAGUUAUAGAUUGUAGUAUAAAUGUUUGGGAUGUAAGAAGGCCGUACAUACCAUUUGCAGCAUUUAAUGAACAUAGAGACAUUGCUAGCGGUGUUCAAUGGAGGGGUGAUCCUGAUAUAUUUUUAAGUAGUGGAAGAGAUUCUACUCUUUAUCAUCAUAGUUUUAAUAAUGCCUCCCGGCCAGCUGCAAAAGCAAAUCCUCAAGGUCUUGCUGUUAAUAAUAAUGGAGAAAUUAUUUUUGCGAGAAAAAUACCUCCCUUUCAGACCUCUGCUUCUUCUACCAGUAGUAUGACAACUCCUACUUCUUUGGCAAAAGCAACAGUAGGGCUUAUGAGAAAAAUAUCAAUGACUCAGGCAAUAGACCAAUUUCAUCACGCCUCUAGUAUGCUGCAGCAUUUUUCUCAUGUUAAUGAAAUGGCAAAUUACGAGUCUGAAAGUAUUUUAGCACUUUCCAAGAAUUAUGUUUUAAGUGGUAGAAGUAUUUCAGAAAUGUGUGAACAUAACUCUGUUGUAGCUAGAGAAUUUGGCAAACCACAUUUAUCUGUGGUAUGGAAAAUUAUUAAAACAAUGUAUGGUGAAGAAUUUCUGCAGAAUUCGAUACAUGCAGGAAGCUCAAAUAGAGAAGAAGUUGCUCACAAUAAUAUAAACAUGAGCAAUAUCAGCUCUGCAGUUAUACAGAUAGAAAGUACUAUUAAUAGCCAUAGAGAAACAGAGACUGAUCAAAAAUCAAAAGCUAGUGAUACCCAAGCCGCCCAGUUUAGCGGAGGAGACGAUGAAACUGAAAAUGAAGAUCAAGUCGAUAAUGUGGGAACGUACACGGGCUUCCCGACUUAUUUAAAUGUGAGAAGUGGUCUACCAAAAGGUGAUUUUUCUUUUGGUGAGAACGAAUUAGAUAUGGAAUUGGAUAGUCUGAAUGCAGGUGAUUGUUAUUUUUUAGAUUUCCAUAAUGUCUAUCGAGGCUAUAAUCAUGCAAGUGCCGAUGGUUCGGAUUGGAUAUUACCAAAUGAAGCUUUUCCUAUUAGACAUGAAAUACAGGAUCGAUCACCUCCUCCUGAACAAUUUCCUAAUCAUCAUCAUUCGCCUGAUUUGCAUGAAGACACACAACCAAUUUAUCAAGUAGAAGAAACAUCUUCGACAUUAAUAUCAGUUUCAAAAAUACCAAAAAAAUCUUCUUGGGACCCAAGCAGUUUGGUCGUGGAAACAUUAAAACAUCAUGCUAUAUUAGGAGAUAUUCAGACAGCUGCUUGCGUUCUCAUUGUCUUAGGAGAUUGUAGAAAAUUUCUGAAGGAAUUGGAUGAAGCUACGGAAGAGCAUUGGCUAUUAGGCUAUAUAGAAAUGCUUACCAGUUACAAACUAUGGAAUAAUGCAACACAGAUUAUCAAACUAGCAUGGUUACCAUCUGUAUAUCAACUAAAUCAACAAAGUACUCGCAUCAACACCAACUGUGGCAAAUGUUUGAAGCCACUACAGAGAGUCGGCUGGUUGUGUGAUAGAUGUCAUUCAUCAAAAUACGCUCUUUGUAGCAUUUGUAAUCAAGUAGUAAAAGGACUGUAUGUUUGGUGCCAGGGUUGUUCACACGGUGGACAUAUAGCGCAUAUGAAGCAAUGGGUGUCAACUAAAAAGAUGUGUCCAACGGGAUGUGGACAUUUGUGUGAAUAUGGAUAAAAGUAAAUCAUAACGGAAUCGGUGUGAUCUUGAGAAUAGGGAUCUUGUGUUUGAACUAUUAUAACAACUGUUUUUAUAUAGUAUGUUCAGAAGUGACAUUUGUAGUUGUUUUGAGAUUUUAAACUGUGAUACUAGGUCUAACGAUAUUAUAAACUAUGUUGUAAAGUUAAUUUUAACGUUAAAGUGUAUGUGCUCUGUUUAGUCCCUUUCUAUUCUUGUGAAAAUAUUCAUUUAUUUAUUUGUUGGUGUGAAUGAAGUUCCAUUUUUGUCCACUUUCUGCGUUGCCCGAAUUAAUGUUUAAUUGAACUUUAAUUGAAAACUUUUUUGAAGUUGUCUCACAUUGAUAUUAGACUCAAAAAAAACUAUUUUUUACCCAAGUUAACCCAGAAAGACCAAAAUAGACUCAGAAAAACCUAUUUCCAACCCAAAUAAACUCAAAAAAUGUAAUAUUUCAUUAAUUGAAUUCAGAAAUUCCAAUUUUGAAUCAAGUUGAAAUCAUAAAAGUUAAUAUUACAUUAAAUUUGAUUCAGGAAAACCUAAUUUGGUCAAAGUAAGCUCAGAAAAUCAAAUAUUUUAUCAAUAAAAUUUGAAAAUCCAAUUUUAAAUUGAAUUUAUGAAAGCUAAUCUAAGACCAAAAUAGACACAGAAAUGUUACUUUUGAUCCAAGAAAAUUCAAUAUUUUAUCAAUUGAAUUUAGAAAGUUCAAUUUUGAAUCAAGAUAACAAGUUAACCCAGAAAGAUCAAAAUACACUCAGAAAAAGCUAUUUUUAACUCAAAUAUACUCAGAAAAUUCAAUAUUUCACCAAUUUACUUUGGAAAUUUCAAUUUUGAAUCAAGUUAAAAACCUAAAAGUUAAUAUUCCAUAAAAUUUAACUCAGAAAAAAUUAGAAAAUCAAUAUUUCACAAUUUGAAUGUAAAAAACUCAAUUUUGUAUCAAGUUAGAAUUAUAAAAUUCAAUAUUGGACCAAAUAAGACUAGGAGAAACCUAUUUUGACCUAAGUAAACCAGAAAAUCCAUUUUUUGACCAAAUUAGGUCUAAAAAAAAACAAUUUUUGACAAAAUUAAAUCCUAGCAACUUAAGUAAUAAAUGUUAUGAUUACGCCAAACAUAAAUAAAUUGUGAAUCAAAUAGUUUCAUACUGGAAAUUUAUUAAAAAAUGUAUCAGAACUUUGAAUCACGUAAUAAGCAACAAUGUAUUUUAAUUAAAAAUCUUCCAUAGACAUUGAUUUAUGACCACUAUUUCUUAUCUCCAUGAAAACAAAAUUGUUCACAUAACCGGAAAUAUUUAAAAAUUUUUGAUAACUUUUCAUCAAUAAUUUUUAAUUAUCAGUUUUGUUAUAUGGGUAUUUUUAAAACGAGCACUUAAUAUCAUGUAAAACGUUGGAGUUAACUAGACAAUUCUCUUGUUACCACAAUAAUCGCUAUUUAUUCCUAAUAAUUAUUUAUUUGCUUAAAUAGUUGAUAAAUCGUUUUAAUUUUAAGGAAUAAAUUUAUUUUAAUUCUUGACAAAAUAAAAGAUAAUUUUCCGUGUUAUUUCUACACAUAA